UCAAUUCUAAUUGACAGUUAAAAAAAAUCGCUUGAAAACAAUGUGUUUUUGUGUGAAUCGUGAUUCAAAAUACUGAGGUUAUCCAUUGAAGCUCAUAUUAAAUAUAGAUAAAUGAUACAUAAUGAAUGUAGCAAUCGACGACGUAGUCUUACCAGGCGACCACUGUGAAGAAAUCGCCACAGCUGGUGAAAAAUCAAAAGUUAUCCUGGGACCUGGCCUCCGAAAAGAAAUAGACGGUGUAUUUAUUACUAAAGCAGGUGUUUUAAGAAAACGGGCACCUAAUACCUUUUGGGUAGAUAGUUAUCAGAAGCGGUACGUACCCGCAAGAGGAGAAAAUGUUAUUGGAAUAGUAACACAGAAAGCUGGAGACAUAUUUCGUGUGGAGGUCGGCGGGAGCUGCAGCGCUUCCCUCUCAUACCUUUCCUUCGAAGGGGCUACGAAGAAAAACAGACCUUCGGUGAAAAUCGGCGAUGUCAUUUACGCCAAAAUGUUAAACGCAAGCAAAGAUAUGGAGCCAGAACUCGUUUGCGUGGACUCACACGGGAAGAAGGGUCGCUUGGGUGUCCUGGAAGAUGGCUUCGUGUUCAAAUGUUCCCUAAACUUGAUCCGGAAGAUAUUGAAUCCUAAUUGUCCAUUACUGGGGUCAUUGAAGAAUGAAUGGCCAUUUGAACUAGCUGCUGGUAUGAAUGGCAGAAUUUGGAUCAAAGCCAAAACCAUGAGAGAAACAGUGGCAGUAGGGAAUGCUAUACUAGGAUCAGAGUACUUGAGCAAUGAGGAGAUUAAAAGCAUGUGCACUAACAUUGCUAGUAUUUUAGCGGGACAUAUAUCAUGAUAAUAAAAUAAUUUAAUUUUUAAA